AUGUUGGAGGCGUGGAACUCCUCCCACAGCACCUUCGUGUUCAGAGGUUUCGCUGCGCUGCAGAAGCACCGCCGGCUGCUGGCACUGCCAUUCUCCGCCUCCUACCUGACAGCACUGCUGGGAAACAGCCUGCUGGUGUACGUGAUCCGCCACACAGAAAGUCUGCACAGCCCCAUGUACCUCCUCAUCUGCACGCUGUGCGUGGUAGACGUCCUGGUGGUGACCGCCAUCGUACCCAACAUGGUCCUUGGCCUCCUCUUCGACUUGGACCGGAUCUCAUUGGCCGGCUGCUUGACCCAGAUGUUCUUCACCCACUUCCUGUCGUCUCUGGAGUCGACGCUGCUGCUGGCGAUGGCGCUGGACCGCUACGCGGCCAUCUGCCGGCCGCUGCGCUACGCCAAACUCAUGGACUCGUCCAUGUUCGUGAAGCUGAUGCUCUUCACGCUGGUCCGCAGCGGCUCCAUCAUGGUGACACUAGUCGCGUUGGCGGGUUCUUUGCGGUUCUGUGGCUCCGACGUCAUCCGGCAUUGCUACUGUGACCACAUGGCACUGGUCAGCCUGGCGUGCGACGGCACAGAGAAAAACGUGGCGGCGGGCCUCGCUGUGAUCGUCUGCUUCGUGGGUGUGGACAUACCGCUCAUCAUCUUCUCCUACAUGAAGAUCCUGAGCGCCGUCUUGAGAGCGGCGACCGCCGGUGAGGAACGCAGGAAGGCGUUUCACACCUGCGGCACUCACCUGAUCGUCAUGAUGUGCUUCUACCUGGUGGGGAGCAUCACGUUCCUCUCCCACAACCUGAACAUCACCAUACCGACGGACGUCAACACCUUCAUGGGACUCAUGUACAUUCUGUUCCCAGCGACGGUCAACCCCAUCAUCUACGGCGUUCGGACGAAAGAAAUCCAAAGCGGCAUUUUUAGGCUCUUUAAAGUCCGAGUAAAGAAAAUAAUGAUGGUGAAAGUUUCUCCUGCUGGAAAAACACAAACGUGA